AUGAAUUCUUUAUUCUAUUUGGUUGUGUCGUUCCUUUUAGUGACCUUUGUUUGGUGUUUCAGUCCUCAGGAGGUUGAAGUCUUCCAAUUACAACAUGAUCUGGUUGAGAAAUAUGGACCCAAUAUGAACUUUUACAAAUUUUUGAAAUUAAAGAAGGGUAAAGAUUCAACAUCUAAGGAAAUUAUCAAGCAUCUAAGGAAAUUGGCCAAAAAAUAUCAUCCUGAUAAGAAUAAAAAAUAUAAAAAGUUAUAUGAAAGGUUAAAUCUAGCUACCAAUAUCUUAAGUAACGAUGAAAGAAAAAAAAUGUAUGAUUAUUACUUGAAGAAUGGUUUUCCAGAUUAUGAUUUUAAUAAAGGUGGGUAUUUUUUUAACAGAGUACAACCAAAGACGUAUGUGAUUUUGUUAUUUGUUUACUUGGCUGUUAGUGUGAUUCACUAUGGGGUAUUAAGAUUACAAUAUACAUCAAGUAGAAAAAGAAUAGAAGAUUUUAUUAGUCAGUGUAAGGAACUGGAUGACACAGAUUCGCUAGGUGAAAAAAGAUUGACAUUUCAACAGCAUCCAGAAGAUAAACCCAAAGAGUUAUUAAUUAAAUUUGGGGACGUUUAUUUGUUAGAGCCAAACCCAAGAGAUGAUUCGAAUCCAAUUAGGACAAUCAUAUCUCCUGAUACUUUAGAAGAACCUACUGUAAUGGAUUGUUUUUUUUUCACGCUACCUCUGUGGUUUUUCAGUAAAUUGACAAGAAAGAAUCAUGAUCAGAUUAAAGACAAAUCUAUGAAUAAAAAAAACAAUGGAUCGCAACGUAGUAAGACUAAGAAUAAAGGUAAGAACCAAUGA